AUGGUCAGUGUCCUACAGCGAGCAAGAAGCAAAACAGAACAGAAGAUCAUAAUCACAGAUACAGGGUGCAAGUCUCUAACUACUGAACCCCAUCUUCAGGAGAGAUGCAAAUUAAAUCUGAUAAAGAAGUUUCAGCAUGUAAAUGAGGUGAUAAACCAGGGAAACCCAACACUUCUCGAUGAGAUCUACACAGAGCUCUACAUUACAGAAGGAGACAGUGGAAAAGUCAAUAAUGAACAUGAGGUGAGACAGAUCGAGGUGGCAUCCAGGAGAGCAGCAACAGAGGAAACACCCAUCAAAUGCAAUGAUCUCUUUAAGCUCUUAUCUGAAGAAGACAAACCCAUCAGGAGUGUUCUGACAAAGGGAGUCGCUGGAAUUGGAAAAACCAUCUCUGUGCAGAAAUUCAUUCUAGACUGGGCUGAAGGGAAAACAAACCAGGAUGUUCAUCUCAUAUUUCCACUUCCUUUCAGAGAGCUCAAUUUGAUGAAGGAUCAAAACCUGAGUCUGAUGGAGCUCCUUCAUUUCUUUUUUAAGGAGAUAAAAGAAAUGAACAUUUCCAAUCUGCGCAAAGUUCUGUUCAUUUUUGAUGGUUUGGAUGAGUGUCGUUUUCCUCUGGAUUUCCAGAACACAGUGAGAUUGUGUGAUGUAACUGAAUCAUCAUCAGUGCAUGUGCUGCUGAUAAACCUGAUCAAAGGGAAUCUGCUUCCCUCUGCUCUCAUCUGGAUCACCUCCCGACCAGCAGCAGCUGAUCAAAUCCCCUCAGAGUGUGUCCAUCGAGUCACAGAGGUGCGAGGGUUCAAUGACCCACAGAAGGAGGAAUAUUUCAGGAAGAGGAUCAGUGAUCAGAGCCUGAGCAACAGAAUCAUCACACACCUGAAGUCAUUAAGAAGCCUCUACAUCAUGUGUCACAUUCCAGUCUUCUGCUGGAUUUCAGCCACUGUUCUAGAGAGAAUGUUGGGUGAAGCAGAGAGUGGAGAGAUCCCCAAGACUCUGACUCAGAUGUACACACACUUCCUCAUCAUUCAGACAAACAUUGUCAAGAAAAAGUACACAAAGAGCAGAGAGGCAGAUAAAGAAAUUGUUCUGAAACUGGGUAAACUGGCUUUUCAGCAGCUGAUGAAAGGUAAUCUGAUCUUCUAUGAGGAAGACCUGAUGGAGUGUGGCAUUGAUGUGACAGAAGCAUCAGUUUAUUCAGGUGUGUGUACACAGAUCUUCAGAGAGGAGUGUGGGCUUCACCAGAGUAAAGUGUACUGCUUUGUUCAUCUCAGCAUUCAGGAACACCUCGCAGCUCUGUAUGUGCACCUGGUGUUUAUGAUUGAAAAGAGCAAUGUUCUUCAGCAGAGUCUGUUUUCUAAAAUGUCAACACUGCUCAGAGAAAUUACAAUCAUAGAUGUCCACAAGAGUGCUGUAGAUGAGGCUUUACAGAGUAAAAAUGGACAUCUGGAUCUUUUCCUUCGCUUUCUUCUGGGUCUUUCGCUGGAGUCCAAUCAGAUCCUCUUACAGUCCAUAGUGACACAGACAGGUUCCCACAGUAACCAGAAAACAGUUCAUUACAUCAAGAAGAUGAUCAGAGAGAAUCCCUCAACAGAGAAAUCCAUCAAUCUGUUCCACUGUCUGAAUGAACUGGAAGAUCAUUCUCUUGUUGAGGAAAUCCAACACUACCUGCAAUCUGGAAAUUUACACCAACUUGAUCAUUCUUCUUCUCAGUGGUCAGCUGUGGUGUUUGUGUUAUUGACAUCUAUGCAGGAACAGGAUUUGUUUGUUCUUCAGAAAUAUACCAAAGAUCAGAGUAAAUCAAAUGAGGUUCUUCUGAAGCUCCUGCCUGUGGUUGCAGCAUCCAGAAAAGCUCAGUUGCGUGAUUGUGAAAUCUCAGAUGAAGGCUGUGCUGCUCUGACUUCAGCUCUGAGAUCAAACCCCUCACACCUGAGAGAACUGGAUCUGUCUAAGAAUAAACUCAGAGGCUCAGGAGGGAAGCAUCUCUCUGCUGUACUGGAGAAUCCUCACUGUAAACUGGAGACACUGAGGUUGUGUAAUUGUGAAAUCUCAGAUGAAGGCUGUGCUGCUCUGACUUCAGCUCUGAGAUCAAACCCCUCACACCUGAGAGAACUGGAUCUGUCUGGGAAUAAACUCAGAGACUCAGGAGUGAAGCGUCUCUCUGCUGUACUGGAGAAUCCUCACUGUAAACUGGAGACACUGGGGUUGAGUUAUUGUGAAAUCUCAGAUGAAGGCUGCGCUGCUCUGACUUCAGCUCUGAGAUCAAACCCCUCACACCUGAGAAAACUGAAUCUGUUUGGGAAUAAACUCAGAUACUCAGGAGUGAAGCGUCUCUCUGCUGUACUGGAGAAUCCUCAAUGUAAACUGGGGACACUGGGGUUGCGUUAUUGUGAAAUCUCAGAUGAAGGCUGUGCUGCCCUGACUUCAGCUCUGAGAUCAAACCAUUCACACCUGAGAAAACUCGAUCUGUCUGUGAAUAAACUCAGAGACUCAGGAGUGAAGCGUCUCUCUACUGUACUGGAGAAUCCUCACUGUAAACUGAAGACACUGGGGUUGAGUUAUUGUGAAAUCUCAGAUGAAGGCUGUGCUGCUCUGACUUCAGCUCUGAGAUCAAACCCCUCACACCUGAGAGAACUGAAUCUGUCUGGGAAUGAACUCAGAGACUCAGGAGUGAAGCGUCUCUCUGCUGUACUGGAGAAUCCUCACUGUAAACUGGAGACACUGGGGUUGAGUUAUUGUGAAAUCUCAGGUGAAGGCUGUGCUGCUCUGACUUCAGCUCUGAGAUCAAACCCCUCACACCUGAGAAAACUGGAUCUGUCUGGGAAUAAACUCAGAAACUCAGGAGUGAAGCGUCUCUCUGCUGUACUGGAGAAUCCUCACUGUAAACUGGAGACACUGGGGUUGAGUUAUUGUGAAAUCUCAGGUGAAGGCUGUGCUGCUCUGACUUCAGCUCUGAGAUCAAACCCCUCACACCUGAGAGAACUGGAUCUGUCUGGGAAUAAACUCAGAGACUCAGGAGUGAAGCGUCUCUCUGCUGUACUGGAGAAUCCUCACUGUAAACUGGAGAGGUAA